AUGGAUGUUAUCCAAAGAAAUGAAUAUUAUAAAGUUAUCCCAGACCCAGAUAUUCCUGAUGAUGAGCAAAAAGAAGAAGAAGAUCCUUCUUUACCUAACCAAAAUGAGCAAAACGAAUUGCAAAAUAUUUCUUCUCAUAAAUCACGUUCAGCCAAGAAGCGUAAAUCACCCAUAUGGCCCUAUUUUGAUGAAGAGACAGAGGAUAAUCCAGGUUUAUCUGUUUGUAAAACGUGUAGUGAAGUAUUUUCAUCAACAUCUGCAACCUCAAUGCUAAGGCGUCAUUUAUUAGAUAAACAUAAUAUUAUAGCACCAAAGCACGGGCAAAAGCUCUUAAAUCCAAACUCUCAUCCGGAAAUAAAACAGAAAGAAAGAGAUAGUUUAGUUGUAAGAUGGAUUGUCUGUGACAUGCAACCAUUUAGUGUUGUUGAAGAGGAAGAAUGUAAUCGAGCUAUUUCAAAAAAAAAAGAUGAAGUUAAGUUAACAUUGAAUCAAGUUCCUGGGAAAGUGGCAUUUACCUCAGACUUAUGGACAGCAUCAAAUGGCACAUCGUUUUUAAGCCUUACAAUUCAUUAUGUUGACAUAUCUUGGAAAUUAAAAUGUUUUCUUCUUGAUAUCAUUCCAAUGAAAGAAUGGCACACGGGAAUUAAUAUUGCUAAUGCGUUAAUGGAUAUUUUAGAUGAAAAUUGUAUAUCUGAAAAAACUUUAGUUCUAACUAUGGAUAAUGCAUCCUCGAUGAUAUCGUGUGAUACAAUUGUGGCAGAAGAACUUGAGGAAGACUUUAAUAAUUUUGAUUUUUCUCACUAUCGGUGUGCCGCGCAUGUGUUAAACUUGGCAGUUUGUCGAGGAAUUGAUUUGAUUGAUGUAUCGAUUAUCAAAGUGCGGUCGUUAAUGUCUUAUAUCAAAUCUUCGCAUCCUACAAUUAAUAACUUAAAAAAAUUAUGUGAAAUGAAAGGUGUUGAUUAUUUAGCGCCCGAGCUAGAUGUUAAACACAGGUGGAAUUCUACCUAUUAUAUGCUGAAUAAGUGGAAAAAAAUGGAAUCUCCCCUAACCAUGCUUGCAGCAGAUGAUCAAAUAGUUCGUCAAAAAUGUCCAGAUAAACAUGAUCAUGCUAAUAUUGAUAAUACAAUGGUUCUUUUAGAACCAAUUGAACGUGCUACUAGACUUCUUUCUGCCUUGAGUUAUCCAACACAUGGUGAUGUUCGAUUUGUUUUACUUGGUAUCCAAGAUCAUUUGUCAAGAUAUAAGGAUAAUACCAAUUUCUCUCAAAAACAAGUAGCAAAUGCGAUUUAUCAAAAAUUAGAUAGUUACUGGCCAAUCUUAGAUGAAACUUCUCAAGUUUCAUCAUUACUUGACCCAAGAAUAAAACUAACAGCAUUUAAAAGUAUGGAUAAAAAAACUAAGACAAUAAAUCUAAUAUCAAACCUUAAUGGAUAUUCUUCAGAAAUAUCAAAACCAACCACGACCUCUUCUAAUAAUCUAUCAAAUACACGAAAUUAUUUUCGCCAGUUACGCUCAUCUGACACCCUGUUACAAGAAGAUAAUUCAGAUUUUUCAUUGCCGAUGAUGAACCGCAUACGAGACGAAUUAGAAAGAUACUUAGCUUUACCUUUGGAGGAUGAGGUAGAUCCACUCAUUUGGUGGCAGGCGAAGCAGCGUAAAUAUUCAAGAUUGAGUCUUAUUGCCAGAGACUAUUUGUGUAUCCAAGCAACAAGU